CCGGGCCGGGAGAGUCUGAAGACGAGAACAUGUUGGGCAGGGCAGUCUGUCAGAUCAGGGGAACUAUGAUGGCCAAUCCGCCAUCGGCCGCUUGGUUUUCUUCUUCUGCUGCUACCCACUCCAGCAGCAAAUCAAAAUCAACUGCUUAUCAGCCUCCGCCUUCGAUGGGCCGUCAGAAACUACUCAUCCGUCGUCAGGUCCAAGAAGUCCUUAAGGAAAUCACGUCCGAAUCCUUGGUCCAUCAAGGCGAGGAAGUCUUGAAGCACUUGAAGAGCUUUAAUCAUUAUGUCGAUUCAGAUCGAGUGAGUUGUUACAAGUCGAUGAGCUCAGCCGAAUUACCGACGGAUUCGAUUAUCAAAAACUUGCUAGAAAACAAAAAGAAAUUGUUUCUGCCCUACAUCCAUUCUCCCUCCGAGCCAGCCGAUCCGAAAAAGACUGGCGCACAUCGAAUGGAGAUGUUGGAAUUAAAGAGUUGGGCCGACUUCCAAACUGGCUUAGUGCCCGUCUCCUUUUCCUCUUCAUCCUCUUCUCCACAAGUAUUUCAAUUCGAUCCUGCUAAGAUCGCAGGUCUUGAAAAUGCUCUCCCCGAGGGACUAGACUUGAUUUUACUACCAGGCUUGGCUUUCGAUCGAUUCGGGAAUCGACUCGGCCGUGGAAAAGGAUACUACGACGAAUAUCUCAACGCGUAUCCCUCGGUCGCAUCCAGACCUUCAAUCACUAAUUACCCCGAUCACCUGACGGAAAAACAGCAAUCGGAAAAAUCAACCCGGAGAUGGCCGAUCCUGGUCGGUAUGUGUCUCAGAGAACAACUUUUGCCGGAAAAAGAAUAUAUACCCACUCAGGCCCAUGACCGAAGAAUAGAUUAUUUAAUCUCGCCUGACGGAGUACUUUCUCUUGCUAGGUAGAGCCCCAACUUUCGUCAACUAGUAUCCAUACAUACUCUGAUUGAUCAACUUGAGCUGUCUCUAGAUAAAAUGCUUGUUCGACUCUCUCAAAUUUUAACCCUGAUUUGAAUGCACACUUCCUGCGCC